AUUGUGGGCUCAAAAUUUCCUCGCCUAAACGACUGCCAAAACACAGCACCUUCCUCUUCUUUCUUCUUCUUCUUCUUCUUCUUCAUAUUUUUCAAUUCUCUAAAUCUCAAAUCAAAUUUCAAUCCAUGGAUUACUCUGGACUCUUCUCCUCCAUUUCCGAUUUCUCAUCUGAAUCAUCGUUCGGUUCACCGGAAUCAUCCUUCAUGAAUUUGGACCACGAUUUUCUUCCUUUCAAUGAGAAUGACUCAGAGGAAAUGCUUCUGUAUGGCCUAAUCUCCGGGGGGACCCAGGAUUCCUCCGACACCGGUAUCCGAACCGUGAGAGUGAAGGAAGAGGAAGUCGAUUCCAUCGGCGAAGAAAGCCCUAAGAAGGAAAGGGCUUACAGAGGGGUUCGCCGCCGGCCAUGGGGGAAAUUUGCGGCGGAAAUUAGAGAUUCUACUAGACAUGGUAUAAGGGUCUGGUUGGGAACUUUUGACAGUGCCGAAGCUGCCGCUUUGGCUUACGAUCAAGCUGCUUUUUCUAUGAGGGGUGCUGCCGCAAUUCUCAAUUUUCCCGUCGACAGAGUUAGGGAGUCUCUCAAAGAAAUGAACUGCAGUGGCGGCGCCGCCGGUGAUAAUAUGGCUGAAGACGGCGGCUCUCCGGUGGUGGCUUUGAAAAGAAAGCACUCAAUUAGAAGGAAAGCCAUAAGCAAAAAGAGCAAAGAGAGAGAUGUGAGGAUCCAAAAUGUGAUGGUUUUGGAAGAUUUGGGGACAGAGUAUUUGGAAGAACUUUUGGGCUCUUCUCAAAGUGGUAGCCCUUGUUCUUUCUAAAUCAAAAUUAUUAUUUUUUAAAAAAAGAAAUUUCUUCUUUUUUUUUUUGGGUGUUCUUUUUUCCCUUUUUUUUAGUUCACCAUCAUCUCAUCUGGGGAUUUCUUCAUUUACUGUUAAUAUUUUUUUUUUUUUUUUUUUUUUGUUCUCUCCUCCCUCCCUGUUUUCACCAGACAAGAACCAAAAAAAAAAAGCUUCAAAUUGUAAAAGCUUAGAGAAGAUGAUCAUAUGUUUAAAAUUUUGAUCAUAUUUUUCCUUUUUACUUUUUUGUCUUAUUGUAAAGUAAGAGGGAAAAAAGUUGAGUAAUCCUUGUAGUUCUGGAUAGGCUCAAUUCAAAUAUCUUUUUCUUUUCUUUUCUUUUUUAGUUUAAUUUAAUUUUUAAAUACAAUUAUUAAACGAAUGUUGGACAA